UUGUCGAAUUCGCAAAAGUUUAGUCAAACUGAUUAAUUUAAAGUAGCAAUUGUUUGUGUCAAAAAAAAGUGUUGAACGUAUUCAUAAAAUUCAUGUUAUUGUACAUUUGUCGUUCCAUAUCAUCUUGUUGAUUGUAUUUCCUAGAAUAUAUAAAAAACUGUACAAAAUGGCAUGGAGUAGUGUGAGGCACAUGUUUAAAAACCAUUCGUCAAUUUUCGCUGGAGGAAGAGUGAUUUGUGGUGCUUCAGCAACGGGCAUUUUGUUCUCCAAAAUAGGUUUAACAACUAGUUCAUUGCUGAAUAUUCCACAAAAAGUUACUAUAGAGAAUCCUCAAAAAGUAACAGUGAUAGAGAAGGCUUUUCAAGAAAAAUCUUUUACUACAACUGAUGAUGUCACUCCGGAAGAUAAAAAACCCUCUACGAGCUCACUUAAAUACACUUUGCUGGGUAUGGGAAUCUCAGCUACUUUACUUGGUACUUAUUUAAUAUAUGAGUAUGGUAGUCCAAAAAUAAAUACAGAAGGUGAGACGUUAGUUGACGAGUUUUCUAAGUACCCUAUUUGGAAGCAAUAUUUCUUACGAGGAUUAAGACAAAUAGAAGAUUUUACAGUUUUCAUCCAGGAACCGUCACGGGAUAAAUUAUUACCGGAUCCUGUAUCUUAUCCUUACUACCAACCCCCAUAUACUCUCGUUUUGGAAUUCACCGAUGUUUUGGCACAUCCCGAUUGGACCUACAAGACAGGUUGGAGAUUUAAGAAACGUCCUGGUUUAGACUAUAUGCUGGAAAACCUCGUGGGACUCUAUGAAAUUGUUGUGUUCACUGCGGAACCAGGUAUUACUAUUUUUCCCGUCAUAGAGGCUUUGGAUCAGAAAAAUUUAAUUUCUUACAAGCUGGUGAGGGAUUCGACGCACUUCGUUGAAGGUCAUCACAUUAAGAACCUCGACAAGCUGAACAGGGAUUUAAAGAAGGUGAUCGUGGUGGACUGGAAUUCCGACUCUGUCAAGUUUCAUCCGGACAAUCAUUUGAAUAUCCAGAGGUGGCGAGGUGAAGACGAUGAUAGUGCUUUAGUGGAUUUGACGUCUUUCCUAAAGACUAUCGCCCACACCGAGAUAGACGAUGUUCGGGAUGUACUGAAAUUUUACAAACAGUAUGAAGACCCGCUGCGCGAAUUUAGGAAUAAGCAGAAGGAAUACUAUGAGAAUGAGCAAAAGAGUCAGGAAAGACCAAUGGGACAACCUAUUAAAAAAGUUUUCGAUUAUAUUUUCUAGUUUUUUCGGUAUGCUUUGUAAAAUAUUUUAAGUUAAUUGUUCAUUAAAGUUUCCUAAAAUAAAGCUCGUAUUUCUGUUUUUGUUUACAAUAAAUUGUAAUCUAUGCUUCUCAUUAGAAUUAACGCACCACUAAAAAUGAAUCCCAUUUUCAAAGUUGAUUUUCUUGCAAUCUUUUUUAAAUUAUAGGUUUAUUCCUUGGUUGUUGCUAAGAAAGACAUUUUAACUGUGUUUCUAAAUUAUUAACAGAUAUAAAUCCAAAAUCAUUUUGAUCAGAACGAUAAAGUAGACUUUCCUUGAUUUAGUUGGCAGAUAUAGAAAUUACAAUGAUUUUUAAAAUCAGAUUAGUUGUUCACGAUACAAUUUGAAUCUGAUAAAGUCUUUAGAAGCUCAGGGCCAUUUUUAGUGGUGCAUUCGAUCAAUUGAUUUUUCACAAAUUCUCUGUUGGAUUA